UGUAUAAAAGGGACAGGCAGAGAAAGUUUGGAAUGCAGUGCAGCAUUCCAAAGACAAGACUUGAACCUGUUGAAACCAUUGCAAGAAAAUAUCAUGGAUCGAGGUAUAGAGAAAGAUAUUAAACCUGACAUAUCUACGCUGCAAAAAAACCUUCUCCAAAAUACCCAGAGCUUAGGCUGUCGUCGACAUUCAUUGGGUCUAACACAUAAUGAUCUAAAUUCCUGUUUAUUUGGCUAUUUCACUACAACCGAAAACAUCCCAAAAACCUCACAGGGAAAUUUUAAAGUCACAGAUCAAAUGUCAUCUCCAAAUAUCAAAUCAGUCCCUUUGGUCUCAAGGAUUAGCUGUGGACUCCUGGCCAAUCACACAAUAGAAGCUUCCUGUCAAUUACCUCAAGGGUUGCGUCUGAUUAGUGCUGCCAUGGGAACGGCAAGCCAAUACGCAGUCAUGUGUUCUCAGAAGGUUAUAUCACGUGGUAUGAGAUUUGGACCCUACAGGGGGAGGGUAGUGCAGCUGUCUCAAGUUAAUGAGAGAGAGGAUAAUGCGUUUAUGUGGGAGGUUUUUCAAAACGGCCAAUUUAGCCACUUCAUUGAUGGCAGUACUGAGAGCGAGAACUGGAUGAAAUUCGUGAACUGCGCUCGACACCGCGACGAACAGAACCUAAGACUCGUCCAAGAUGGCGGCGAUCUGUAUUAUGAUGCAUGCCGGGAUAUUGUCCGCGGAGAAGAGCUGCUUGUUUGGUAUGGGCCUUGGUACGAGUUGUACAUGGGUAUAUUGGUGGGGAUGAAGACGGUGCAGCCAAGCAGGAAGACAGGGCACAAGAAAUUGAUAAGCGAAGGUGCACCUGGUAACUACUCGUGCGAGAGAUGCGGCAAAGUGUUCGCGUACAAAUAUUACCGCAAAAGCCAUCUCAAGUACACUCGGUGUGUGGACCAGGGUGACAGACGCUUCCCGUGUGAGCAAUGCGAUCGAUCCUUCGACAAGCGUGACCGACUGCGUAUCCACGUGCUCCACGUGCAUGAGAAGCACCGCCCACAUGAGUGUCACGUGUGCAAGAAACGCUUUUCCCAGUCCUCCAGUCUCAACAAACACAUGCGCGUCCACAGCGGUGAGCGCCCAUAUAAGUGCACGUACUGCGACAAGGCAUUCACGGCCUCCUCAAUCCUGCGCACGCAUAUUAGACAGCACAGCGGCGAGAAACCAUUCAAGUGCAAGCACUGCGGGCGCGCCUUCGCGUCGCACGCGGCGCAUGACAGCCACGUGCGGCGCACACACACAAAAGAAAAGCCCUGCAUAUGCGAGUACUGUGGCAAAGCGUUCGCGCAGUCCUACGAGCUCAAGUUCCAUAUAAAUAUGCACACUGGGGCUAAGCCUUACACGUGUGAGAAAUGCGGUCGGGGAUUCUCAAGCCCUUCGUCGAGGGAUCGGCACCGAACGAACUUCGAUUGCACGACGAGGAAAAAUCGAGCACCUAAAGUGAUGAAGAGGAGUCAACAGUUGGUUUGUGUGCAAGGGGCUGUUGGUGGGGGGAUCUCAGAAAAGGGGUUUCCUUUGAACAGGUAAAAUAGGUUUUUCCAGGGGAUAAAUCAUUAAUACUUAAAAACCCCUGGUUUUGUAUGUAGUAAGAUUUUCUUGGAAAUUUCGUAUAUGCAAAACUAAUAUAUAUGACAAAAACAUAAUUGAAAAUAUUUUAAAUAAAAAUAUAUUGGUGUAUCAGAA